GGACUGACUUUAUUUAUUAACGCAAAAUUGUCAAAACAAGUUUGUUUCAUUUAGUAGGAUGCUCAUUAGCUCAAACAGACAGGUUAUCCGACAGUGUACCAACAGCAAUCUGAUAGGCUCAUUGAUGAAAAUGAAUAAGUCACUGUUGGAUUUGCAUUAUUUGCAGGUCAGUUUUUAGAGCAAAAGGUUCCAAAAUUACAUAAAAAAAACAAGAGAAACACAAUAAUUUAUUUCAUAGAGAUUUAAAAUAUAUGUUGCAUUAGUGUAUGAGAUUGUAUUUACAAAGAAACUGGACCAAACAAAAUAAACUACUAUUUCAGUGUUUGCCAAACUACAGCAAAAAUGUUAAUCGGCUAAAACCAUGUAAUUAUACAGCUCCUCAGUUCUUUAUAACAACAGUGUGUACUAUGAAGAGAACUGUAGAAAUAGAGGGAUUUUAUCAGUUAAAGGGACAUCUUUCAUAUUUUUUAAAAGCCCAAAUUACGAACAUACAUCCAAAUUAAGCACAGUUAUGGCCCUGAACCUUAUGUUAAAGCAAACCUCUGAAGAAAUCAAAAGUCUUUAAUGGUACAGCUGAGAGCAGGAAUCCUUCCCUUGAAUCUUGAAUUCGGCAGACUUAAAAACAUUCAUGAAGAUGAUAGGUUGUGUGAACUGAAUGAGGUGGAAAGUGAGUCAUAUUUUCUGUUAUAUUGCCCUUUAUAUGAUGAACUGAGAACUCCAUUAUUUACUGCAAUGUCUUUAAAAAAACCACAAUUUUCUGGUAUUCUGAUGAUGUUAGAAUAAACUCGCUGUUUAACCUCAAUGUUUUUUAGUUAGCUCAUUUUGUUUCUGAAGCUAGGAAAAAACGUCAGGUUUGUUUAUAUGCUAAAAUGACUUAAUGUCUGUUUUCUGGUUUUCAUCUACUAUUAUAUGUUCCUUUCCUUUUGGUGUCUUGUUAGCCGACUCGGGCUGGGCACUGUCUGUGCAUGACACGUUAAUAAAAGUUUCAACCAAUCAAUCAAUCUAUAAUCUAAGAGGGGAACAUAAAUUUAUUUGUCCAAUUGUCCAUACAACUCUGAAAAGUAUGUGCAUUUCUGUUUGACAGAGAAGAAUUACAAGAUUCAUAUAAGUAAAUUAACAAAAAAUAUGGUUUAUAUUAGAUAUACUUGAUUGCAUAAAAGUAAUAUUAAUUCUGAAUAUCAUAAGACAGGUUAUUAUUAUAAUGUGCAAGUAAUUGUAAUAAGUGACCUACUGAGUGUUGAGCAGGUAUCUUUGUGUAUAAAAUGUAUGUAUUUAUACAGAUCUUUGUUAUUUUUACAAAUAGAUUUUUUUUCUUUUUUUAAAUCUCUCAUUUGCAAGGAAGGAGCAGGACUAGAUAAGCCUUUUGCUUUACUCUGUUCCUUCUCAAACUGUUUAUUUUUGACAUACAUAUGUUGUGUUAAUUUAUCUUUGACAUGUACAGUUGUUUGGUUUACAUACGUAUUAUUUUGUUCGGUGUUUUUGUUUCUAAUUGAAAGAAAGAAAUCUUUAAUACUGUUAUUGUUAAAGUGGCCUUCUAUGAUAAGAAAUUAUCAAAUUCAAAUCAUUUGACCUUUUUAUUUUUGCAAAACUAUAGGUAAGAGUAAUAUUACUAAAGUGGGUGGUAAAAUAUUUACAAAGUCUGAUUCAAUUGUGUCUGACUGUGCAUGUGCUGUAAACCAAAUGUGUGCUUAUUCUAGCUUAACCUAAACAUCUGGAAUAACAAAAGUACAGAUCAAAAACUAAACAAAGACAUUCUUCAAAAAACAUAAUCUUCAAAUGAUACUUUAACAUCCUCAGAUGACACAGAAACAUAGCAGUUUCAAUCUAAAGUUUGGCUGCCUGCUUCCAUGUCUGUGACCUCCUCCUCCUCCAGCAAGCCACAGAACAAAGUCAAUGGUGGGCGGGACGAUGGUGCUCAGUUUUCAGCCCUUUCAGAAUGUCACAGCGAUGAUCUUAAGCUCUCAUUGGCUCCUGUCUCCAGAUACGUCACAAUCAUGAUUAGAAUUGAUGAUCUGACGUGCUGAUUUCAUUGUCUAGCAAAGGGGACUGGUGAAGAAAUCAACUGAAUUUGAACGGUCGCCUGAUUUUGAUAUCAAAAAUGGUGAGUAGGAAAGUGAUUUCUCGUUUCGCUUCCGGGAAUCCCUUACCGUGUUUGUCCAUAUCCGCUGGAAGCUCGGGUCAGUGAGAGUGGCCACGGCAGGGUCGGAAAAUCACAGAUUUGAAGGAAAAGUUCAGCCGCAGCUAUCCACUGGGAGAGCUAUGCUAAUGCUAGCUGAGUGUCUGGCUCUGUUAUGGCCGCUCAGGCCUGCAAGCUAACAGGAGAGCAGUGCUGUGCAUGGCCAUUGUGGAGAUGCGGUGCUUACCCGGUUUGUUUACAGUCUGGCUCGCUGUCGUAAAGUUAUGGCAUGUGCUUCCUGUGUGAGAAUUGUGUUUCUAAAUCUCCAGUCUGUUGCCUUGGUGGCGCACUAAUCGAAUGUGCCAACAAUUUGUUGGUUAAUUCUCUCCGUAAUGUUUCCAUAUUGACUGUAGCCAUGCGCAGUCUGCCUGAGUCAGCCUUCCAAAAUAAACCUGCCGGAUGCUUAUUGGUCGCUCAACAUUCCCGUAUGUGACUAUUUCUGUUUGCCAAAAGCUCUUUCAGUAACAUAUUAACCGUACACUCUGGAGACUCCCAGCUCUUUGCGAGGCGAGCCGAGUCCAGCCGUGACUACUUUCACUUGGCUGGCUGCUGCUGUUGUUUUUCUCUCUCUCCCUCUCUCUUUCUCAGUCCCAAAACACUAUGCACUCUGGUUUGGAAGCUGUGAUACUUCCAAUUAAACCUUUACUUUAAGUGGAAUACAUCAUAGUUUCAGUUUAGUCUGCACUUUAAUAAAUAUAAUUUACUAAUAAAGCAAGAGUUUGAUUCACUUUAGGAUGUGACUUAGUUUAAUAAAUGCUCAUAACAGAUUUGACAUUUCAGGUUGAACUUUUUCCUGCCUGAACUUGUUUAUUAAAAAAGUUUUACAGUUUAUUUUUGCCGCAAAGUAGUUACAUUUACUUUUCAUAAUAUCUUGAUCAAGGGCAAAAAUACGGUGGCUGAGAACUGCCACUGCUACAAAUAAAAAAAAGAAUGCAAAAAAAAAAGGAGCCACAGCGGACAUUACUGAUGCAGAAAAAAAGAGACCAAAGCCCACUGCAAAUAAAAAAAAGAAAUGGUGCAGAAAAAAAGCCACAAUGGAAGUGAGCUGCCAAUAAUGAUGAUGCACCGGUGUUUGACGAUCUAGGCGCAGAAGGCGACGGUGAGAAGUUAGUCGAAAGGUUAUUGUUUAAUUUCACUUCGUAAACUUUUCAAUGUGUCUGAAAAGCCUGAGUCGAUAUGAAGUUGAACUGAAGCUAACGCUACUCUGGCAUCCUCCACAUCAAUUUCAUAUCGACUCAGGCGCUACAUGGCCCAACCAAACAACACAUUGAAAAGUUUACGAAGCGAAAUAAAACAAUAACUUUUCCACUAACUUCUUUGCUCGUCUUUUCGCUGUCGUGUUCUGUGCCUGGAUCGUAAAACACUGGUGCAUCAUCAUCAUUGGUCCCUGGCAGCUCACUUCCGUUGGGGCUUUUUUUAUUUGCAUCCUUUUAUUUUCACAGUAAGAAAUCACCACUUUUUUGCGUCGUUAACUUCUGCUGUGUUUUAUUUUUUAUUUUUUAUUUUAUCUGCACUGUUUAUUUAUUUGCAGCAGGCUGUCUUUCUUUCCUUUUUUUUGCAUCAGUAACUUCUGUUGUGGUUUCUUUUUUUUUUCGGCCACCAUACAAAAAACCCUUAGGAUGAACAACAUAUUAACAUGAUUGUUACUCAAAGCAUUGACUUAUUCUCUACAAUGAGAUCGAAAAAUAUCUUCAGUCUCAACUAAGCAUUGAACAAUGGGCCGUCACUUAUUACUUUAAGUACAUAAGGAGGAAGAUUGAUUUUUUUUUUUUUUUGUCCAACUCUUUUUUAACAUAGUGUUUUGUUCUUUCUCCUCAGCCACCUAACUUCGCAGUGCGUCAGGUAAAGCAGGAGAGGAUGAGUGCAGUCAAAACCAUGCAUAUCUACAUGGAGGUUUUGCUGUGAUCUGCAUGGCAGCCCCCUCCCCAUCCAGUAGCAGAAUGGAUGCAUGGCCGCAGAGAUGGGGCCUGCAGACUGUAAGCUUACUGUAAACUAAUGUGUGAUGAAAAUAGUUCCAUGGUUUGAACUCUCUCAAAAUUAAAAACAAAAACUGCUUUACCUGCUGCACUUUUGGCCUUCAGACUGACAUUAUUGUACAGAGUUGUGGAAUAGUUGCACAGAUGUAUUGGCUAUUUUAAUGUGCUUUCAAAUCUGCUGUAAAUUUUUUUGCAGUGCAUAAGCAAAAGUCAGAUGCACAAAUACCAUGAAUUUUCCUUAUGGUUAUUAUCUGUUUGUGUUCCCUCAGAUGAACCUGCGUUCAGUGUUUACAGCUGAACAGCAGAGGAUUCUAGAACGCUACUAUGAAAAUGGGAUGACCAAUCAGAGCAAAGCUUGCUUCCAGCUAAUACUGCAGUGUGCUCAGGAGGCCAAACUGGACUUCAGUGUUGUCCGGGUAAGGGAUUUGAAAGAGAUUCCCCUAAAACUAUUAGAAGUCAAGAAUUAUUAACCUCACUGUCUCUGUCAUAUUUGCUCAAUGUUUGCAAGUAAUGUAACUGAUCUGAUUUUCUCUUUCCCUCUAGACAUGGGUUGGCAACAAAAGACGAAAGCUUGCCUCCAAGGUGGAACAAAACGGAGGCAUGUCUCAUUCCUUAUCCAGUCAUGGACUUGCUGGAGGUUUCCUCUCCAGUCACACUUUAGGUGGUGGUGCUCUAUCCAGUCAUAGCUUGGCUGCAAGGGCACUACUUCCAGCUGAAAUGGCUGCAGUGCGAAGCACCAUCCAGAAUCGUGCUCACCUUCUUCCUCCAUCCUCAUCCUUCCCUUCUUUCUCUUCAGCAUCUUCCUCUCCCUCCUCUUCUUCUCCCAUCAGCAGUGGAAGCAACAACAACAACAACAACAAUGACGUCAUACUGACGGGGAUCUACUCAUUAAACCCCGCCCCUCAUCCCAGACCAAAAGCAACAGCGCCUCCAAUGCAUUCUGACUCUGAGCUUUCUGCACACGCAUCCACAUCACUGAUCACUCAAGCCCUGCAGAGCAGGAGCAGCUCCACCUCCACACCACGACACUCCAAGCUGGUCUCGUUGUCUCAGAAUCUCCCAUCACUCACAUCUGCCUCAGGGUCUGUAGUCUACACUGCAGUCAAGAAGGGGACUUUACCCCUUGGGGAGGCAGGUGUCAGUGUUGGAGCAGGGGCAGUACCUCACAGCUGGACUAGGCAGUAUGGUUCUGUGCAAACUCGCCCUUGGUCCUCUGCCUCACAGUCCCAGACUCAGCUUCAGCCUAGACCUCACUCCAACCCUCAACCUCAACCAACAGCUCCUCAGAAGACUAGAGUCUCCCCCACAAUACAGAACUCUGGACCUGCCUCUGAACCUUCACCUCGUAUCCAGCAGGUCUUUACCUUGUCAGAAAGAGCAGACAAGGACAGAUGUAAGCAAAAUCAGGUGUCUACUUGGAAAGGCCAGGAGUGUUUUAGGCCAACACCCCUGGACAACAGUCAUAACUUCUCCAUUGCUAUGGAAACUGGGGAUGAGGAAGAUGAGUGGCAGAGAGAAGAGGAGUUGGCCACUAUGGCUGCUCAGACUCAUAUCCACAGGGAGCAGACGUCAGCCAGUCCAACCAGGAUGGAAGUAUUUGUGGUGAGGGGUGGACAUACAUCUCUUGCGACCGGCUCCAGACCUACUCUGCAUCACAGCAACACAACUCUUCAGGGCAGCUACUCCCUCACAGCACAGACCUCACUUUCAGGAGAAUCCAGCUCACAGGUAAGAGGGCUUUUGUUGUUGUUGCUGCAUUCAUUCAAAGUGAAUUUGGAAGUUCACCUGACUGUGCCUGUCAUUGUGUGAAGAUUUCACUUGGUGUGUCUGCUGCCCCCUGGGUUAUCAACAACUCCAGAAAGAGAACAGUCAGUGCUUUUUUAUCUCUUUAAAAACAGUAUUUUAAAUAAUUAAAUACAUUGAAUUUCACCCUGAUUUUGCCUGGUGUGAAAGUAUAACAAUUUUAUACAAUUGUAUAAAAAUUGUCUCCUCCAAAAUCAGCUUGGGUGCUGUGUUAUUAAAAGCAGAGGGUUGUGUUUUCAGCUGCAGGAGCGGACCCAGUUCAGUGAUGGGGACCUCAUCCAACUGAAGCGCUACUGGGACAGAGGCAUGACCAGUCUUGGCUUAGUCUGCAGGGAAAAGAUUGCUGCUGCAGCAAACCAACUGAACGUAGACACUGAAAUAGUCAAGGUGACCAGCAAACCACAAGUGUUUUGAAAUCUGUAAAAAAGAGUUCCCUUCACAUUCAACUACUGAAGUUUCAUUUCAAGAGAGAUCUGAUGUUCUUUAGUGUGUGAGUUUUGAACUUUGUUCUCAGGGUUUGGCCACUUUGUCUUUGACAUUUAGUAGCAACAAGGAUAUUUGACUUGUUGAACUUUAGUGGGCAAAAAGAAAACAGAUAGUUUUCUAGGUCACAGAAGUUUCAAACUUACUUUCUCAAAGUUGAAUAAAAGUCACACCGUUAUAUAUCAGGGCUGCAGAAGGAAUGCUGACGGACUAAAUAUAGACUCUUGGGCCUGACACACACAUGAUCCACUACCAUAUCUCUUACUAGGAUAUUUAUUUCAAGGAGUAAAGUUUUUGCCUACUCAGAGAAACAAUAUCUGAUAGGAUGACCCUCAAAUCAUUGCAAGUAUUGAACAACAUUUUACAACCAAUUUAUUUCUGUCCUGAUUUGGUACAUGUAUCCUCACUGGUCCCAGGCUUGACAGUCAACUGCCGUCACUGCCAGUUAACUGUAUGAACUGUAAUCACUAACAGGAUUUAGAUUAUGUUAUUUGCCAUGUUAGUUCCUAUAGCCUUCACGUUUAUUCUAUCAGCCAUUUUAUAGUGAAAGACAAACUGAAGUGUUAUUAUUCCAGUAUAUCACACCUGAUAUUAUUGUUUAUGUUUUUUUUCAAUUGGCAGACAUGGAUCAGCAACAGACGGAGGAAGUACCAUCUAAUGGGUAUUGAAAUCCCACCACCUAAAGGUGGGCCUGCUGUAUUCACCUCCUCCCCAGGUAAAGAAUCUCCAGUGGCUCUCAGUCCUGACGAGGAGCGGCUCAGAACAGCUGACCUUGGAGAUGAUUUGAAUGAUGGUGGAUCAAUCUGCCUGUCUGAAGGUAUGUCUUUAAAAACAGUGCACACAACAACAAUAACAAACUACCUCUGUGUAAAUGUAUGUCUUAACAAUAAUACCACUUUCUGGCUCCUAGAUGGCACCAUUGACUCACAGCAUCAAGAUGGAGAAGACAGAAUAGACACACCGAUUGCUGCCUCUCUCGCCAACGACGUGGUAAUUCAUUGUUUCUCUGUUAGCACAGAACAGCCUCAUUAAAUGUAGCCACUUUAGGUGAGUGCUGGUAGGGGAAACUUUUCUUACUCAGAUGCACCAAAUUGGAUCGCAGCUUGUACUUUCUACUCAAGCAUAUUAGUGUAUAAGUGUGUAGCAACAGAGCUACGCAAGGUGUACUUCAUUAAUCAGUUAGUAACUCAGCAUAUUUUCUCCUCAUUGUUGUUUUUUGGUUUUGCACUACAGCUGCCUAUCAAUGUUUUAUUUAACAGGCCGGCUUUACUGACAUUUUGAUAUCUCCCAGAAGGAUAAGCACACGAGUGCAUAAUACAACAAAUUAAUUUGUUGGUUUCAGGCUCCUGGUAUGGAGUGUGGUGGCAUACUGACACACUGUCGAGUCUUACCGGGACACAAGAAUAAAGCAGAGCUAUUCUGAGUUUCUUUUGUUCUAUCUCUUCCUUUUUUAAACCAAGACAACUAAAGAAGGUCUGUUGUGGCGAGCAACCUAUUUUAAGAGAAGUCGUGUAUUAUCAAUAUGGGCACUUUUUUAACACAACAGGACUGUAUUUAUAUACUGCAAAAGACUUUUUUUUAAGAUUAUUUUGAAAUAGAUUGAUUUUUACUAUUUUUCAUAUCAAUUUUCAGAAGGUCUGCUGUGGACCAAUGAAGACACCUUCACUUUAAAGCAGUUUCUUUGGAGAACAGUGUGCUGCCAAGUCAAACCAUUUCGUUUUUCAUCCAGUUCAACCUGUCACUGAAUAGUACAUCCUCUUCUGUGUGAAAGUGCACUUUUUGAGUCACUUGUUUGACAGAAUAAUUUUAACUGGUUACUUAAGGAAUCAGAUUUAGUUGACAUGCUUGUCCAGAUUGCUUAGGAAAUGCACAAUUUACGUUCAAUAUGAGUAUAAACUGUGUGAUUUGACUUUGACCGAAAAGUCCAAACUUUAUGAGGCGCUGAUUUUCUUCCGAUGUUUUUUCUUUCAGUUAAGUCAGGAUAUUUACUACUUAGUUCUCUGCUUGCUACUGUGUGUCUGAUAUCAUAAUGAUAACCAUUACUUUUGGUGAAAUACUUUAUCACAGCAGAUAGUUGCGUCUUAGCUUAUCACUUAUUUUGUGCUUGGUUUGAGUUGUUUUAACAAUAGUAUUGCAGAAAAACAGUCAAAAGUUAUCUUUAUCCUGAUUUUUAUUUUUAUUUUUUAUGCCACAGUGUUGCUUAACCUUCUGUCUUUUUAACAGAAAAUUGAAGUAAUUGAUGAGGAUGAAGAGGAUGAUGAUUAUGAUGGUGAACUGGUGGCUUCAGACCUAGAACAAAUGCAGAGCCUGCUGGAAUUCAAGGUGAGACAGGAUUUAGGACCAGGACUGAACAACCGGGUAGCCAGCACAAUUAAAGUGCAGUGACUGUAAUUAACUUUUUGCCUUUUUGAAUCCCUCUGUCCCAGCAAGAAGAAGUGCAGUUCUUAGAGAAUGAGCUAGAGAACCAAAAACAAAGAUACCAGGAGCUUUCAAACUUCACCAGGAAUCUGCUCAGUGCUGUGAGGAAUAAUGACCUGGAGAGACAGAAGGUUUAUUUGUGCUUCUAUUAAAACAUUGACAAGAUUUAUCAGAAAAUUAGUCUGGAGUUAAACAUCAUGGGCAUUUCUAAUCUCACUGUCUGCUAUUGUACAUUGGUUUAGGAACUUAUUGCCAGUCUACCUCAGCAUUCAGACCAGGACUGGGACAUGACUGUAGAGAAAGGAGCCCACCCUGCAGCUGUGUCACCAGAUGUCUCCUUCAACCACGAAGACUCCCCAGCAGCUGCUGGAGCAGCUAACAACAUGGAGCCUACACCAGCCUCAGCUUCGGACAAAGUCCCUAUGGUCACCUUAAAUGAAGACAACACUGCUACAGAAGUGACUGAGCCCUCUGCAUCAGAGGAGCAGAUACAGGAAGCAGUUUCAGAACUACAAUCACUAUCACCCGUACAUCAGCUCACGUAGACACAUACAGAUGUUUCCACAUGCGCACAGAGGCUGGUUUUACCCUAGAGGGACUUUAUGGUCUUGCAUUUACACAAACACUGUUACACUCAUGCUCUAUGCCCAGUGCCUGUGGAUUGAUGCUUCACUAUGACUGUUGGGCUGACAAAUGCCUUUUUUAUUGCAUAUCAUCCGCCUUGUUCUGGACAAGUCCAGAGAGAACAAUAAAUGACCUCUAACUUA